GCUGCCUUAUACUGAGCUGAUUCUAGUCUGUCAAGAUUCUUGUCUGUCGUAUUUCCAUAUAUGGCCGACGCAUAAGUAAGCAAAUUUAAAACAAAUGACUUAUAGACUAAGUCCAAUGACUGUCUGGCACAUUAGCUGUCAUUUUAUAUCGAUCAUUAUUCUAUGAAUAUAAUUGAAAUUGCCGUUAAAUUUGUAUCAGAAGAAUUAAGAGACAAUGGUGGUAUUAUUCAUAUUGAUGAAAUUAAAAGAAAAUUAAUUCAAGAUUUAAUAAAUAAUUAUAAUGAGCUUUUAUUUGAAAGCAAUGUUUUUUUAUUGAUGCAUAUGUUGAAAUGAUUGUUGAUAGUAUAAUUUGUAUACAAAGAUCAUUAAAAGACAAAGAAGAACGUAUUAGAGUAAAUUAUAAUAGAAGGAUUAAUAAUGUAUCUAAUAAAAUUUCUACAAUCGAAAGUGAGAUAAAAAUUACAGAAAAAUAUAUAAAAAGUGAAACAAGUAAAUUAAUAAAAUUAAAGAAUUAAAGAAAUAAUAAUAAAGAACAAAAGAUAAACGAUUUAAAAGAUGUCAUAACAUCUCUUAAUUCUAAUAUAAAGCAAAAAUAUGAACUAAUUAAAAUAAUUAAUAUAAAACAAAAAUUAAGUGAAACAAGAGUUAACUUUAAAGAAAUUGAUGAAAAUUUAAAUAGAUGCAAUUGAUGAACAAAUAUGUUUAUUUGAAACUUUUAUUUUAAGUUUAAAAAAUAAUCAUGACGAUUGUGCAAAUUUUUUAUGUAAUGAAUAUGAAAAACGAAUAGAUUUUCUUAAUGAAUAUAAACAAGAUUUAAAACAAUAUGAAAAUUAUGAUAAGAAAACUAUUAAAUAUUUAGAAUCAAAUGGAAAUGAACAUUUAAUUGAAAAUUGAAAAUUUGAAAAUAUUGAACAAAAUUUUGAAAAAUUAAAAAAUGAAUUAAAAGAAUUAUAUGAUUAAAAAGUUAAAGAAGAAUUUAAUAAAAUUAAUAUUUUAAAUAAAAUUAAAACUUCAAUGUACAAUCAUAUAAUGAUUUUAAAUUAUUACAAGGAAAAGCUAACCUAAUGAAAUUAACUCAAUUAAUAGUCGUACUCUUUAUACAUUUGAGAUAAAAACUAAACAUUAUGUAAUUGAAUGAAGAAAUUUAUUGGAAGGACUUUAUUAGUCAAUGAAUCACGUAUGAUUGCAGCUGAACUAUUCAUAUUUAUAAACUUAUUAAGCUUUCGAAUACCCUCACCCUCACUAUAUAGGUACAUUUUAUAACCUGUUGUAUUUUCCGAUGAUGAAUAAAGUUUAUUCGAAAGCUUAAUAAGUUUAUAAAUAUGAAUAGUUCAGCUGCAAUCAUACGUGAUUCAUUGAUUAUGUAAUUGAAUUACCUAGUACAGAUAAUUCAGAUGUACAAGAAAAAGAAAUAUAAAAAGUUAAUAAAAUACUUAAAACAAUUAACAUAAUUGAACAACGUAAAAUUGAAUUAGAAGCUGAACAAAAAAUUCUUUCGGAUGAAAAAAAUGUAUAUAUUGAGCAAGAAAAGUUGAAAUUUUAAGAGAUAAAGAAGAAUUUUUUUAAAUUAUUCUAUUCGCUUAUUUGGUUUUGAUUAUUUUGAUAAUGGUAAUGAAUUAAAUUCUAUUGAAUCAUUAAUUGGAAUUUUAAUUGCUCAAUUAAUAGAUCGAUCAUGUCUUUAUGAUGUUGAUGGUGUUAAUCAAAUUGAUAGUUUAAUUGAAAAGGGGUUAAAAAAAUUAUGUAAGAGUAUUAACAAUGAAACAGAUAGAGAUGAAAUUAUAUCAAUGAUAAAUUCAGAAUAUUCAAAUAAAGGAUGUUUAUUUGUCGUUUCUAUAAUUGAAAAUGGUAUAGAAAAUCAAUACAAAUCAGUAUAUCAACAUAAAAUAUCUAAUAAAAAUAAAUGUCUCGUUUUAUUUAAAGAAGAAAAUCUCUAUUUGGCUUUAAAACAUGAUGAUACAAUUAAAUUAAAUGAAAAUAAGAAAUUAAAUUUAAGUUUAAAUCUUUAUUUAAUGGUUUCUGCAGUAGCAAAACGAAAAGAAUUCUUUGAAAAAAGAUGUGAAAAACGUAUAAAUUCUGAAAAAUGA